AUGAGCGAAGACAUUAUCCGAUAUGACAUCCUGGUGCAGAACGCGCUUCGCGGCGUGAUCCGCAAGGUGUUGUCGGAGGUGGAGAAAACCGGCCUGCCCGGCAACCACCAUUUCUUCAUCACCUUCGUGACGACCGCGCCCGGCGUGCGCAUUUCCAACCGCAUCCGCGAGCAAUAUCCCGAGCAGAUGACGAUCGUGCUGCAGCACCAGUUCUGGGAUCUUGAGAUCGGCGAAACCGGCUUCGGCAUCGGCCUGUCCUUCUCCGACGUGCCCGAAAAGCUCUAUGUGCCCUAUGCGGCGGUGCGCGGCUUCUACGAUCCUUCGGUCAAUUUCGAGCUGGAGUUCGACGUCGCCGACGGCGACGCGGACGCGGUCGACGAAGGGGCCGCCAAUGCCGACGAUCCGUCCGGCGCGAGCCCGAUGCCGGCCGAAUCGGAAACCGUCAAGGAAGGUCCCGCCGCCAAAGGCGAGGACGAAGACGGGACCGCCGACGUCGUCUCGCUCGACGCGUUCCGCAAGAAGAAAUAG